CCCACCCGCGUCACGCUCCCCGCCCCGGCUCCAGGCGCGCGCGCCGGCCUUCACCUUGAUCCGCACGUAGCAGUGGGUCCCCAAGGAGGGGUCGUUCAGGCACGCCGGAGGGUUUGCCCGGGCCGCCCGGCGGAAGGUCUGCGCGGGUGCCCUGCCGAUGCUCCACAAAAGUUUGAGCAGGUGGACGGAGGCGCACAGCCCGCAGUAGCCGUACACCAGGGACCAGUAGAGCAGGGCGCGCAGCGCGGGCACCAGGCGGGGCGGGCGCGGCGGGGCCAUGGGGCGGCCUUGCGGGAGCCCAGCCGCGGCGUCCCUCCCGCGCCUGCCGCCCUCCCCGCGCGCCUGCCCGGCCCCGCACACGCCGCGCGCCCAGGCCUCGGGGACCGCGCAGGGUGAGGCCCGGGUGCUUGUCCUACGCCCUGGUGCCGGGCGAAAGGAAGGCGACGCGGACCGCCAUUCUGGGGUCCUGCCGAAGCGUCCUGCUCUGCACGGGUUCAAGCCCUGGUUCCCAGAUAACCGGGAAUGCCUCAGGCCUUCUUCUGGAUGCGAGAACCCCGGAGGGCGGGAGGGACUUUGUGCUAAAUUUGCGGUCAUUAUUUCUUCAGGGCAUGUUUUUAAAAACAUAAAAGGUCCCCUCCACGGAGAACUGGGCCCGUGGUUGCCCACUGCCUGAGAUCUGCAUGCCCACGAGUGCCCACUUGGACUUUUGCAAUUAGAGAUAGCAGCAAUGACAUCAAAAUGGAAAGCUACUGCAUCUUGGUAUUCUCACCCAGCAUAUGCCAGAUACUGGCGACAUUAUCACCAUGCAAUGUUUUGGAUGCGAAGCCACCAGAAUGUCUACAGAAAGUCCAGGGAUUCCUAUUUCACUUCCCCGUGGUUCUCUCCCCAUGGAGUUCUUCCCUGGAACUCUCUUGCUUAUGAGGCUGAGCAUCCUUGGAACUUUCAAGGCCAGCACACGGCCUGGCAGGAGCCUCCCUACAGUGUUUCACAGAUCCAAAGCUCUGGGCAGCCUCCAUACGAGAGCAGUAGAACCCAGGCCUCCACACGAGAAGGCCCGCAUGAAGAGGAAGAGACGGAGUCAGACUCAGAUAAUGAAGUAGAAUGCGACUUGAGCAAUAUGGAAAUCACCGAGGAGCUCCGCCAGUACUUUGCAGAGACCGAGAGGCACAGAGAGGAGCGGCGCCUACAGCAGCGGCUAGACGCCCAGCGCCUGGAAGACUACGUGAAUGCGGACCACGGCCUGUACUACAACCACCACCGGUCCGCCGAGCCCCCAUCUGAGAAGCCCGGGGAGCGGCGCCAAGCCGAGAUGCGGCGCUUGUAUGGGGACAGUGCCCCCAAGAUCCUGGCCAUGGAGGCUGCUGUGCAGCUGAGCUUUGACAAGUACUGUGACAAAAAGCAGCCCAAAUACUGGCCUGUCAUUCCCCUGAAGUUCUGAGUCCUGGGCACAGGGACCCGAGGGAAUGCGUCCUGGACACAGUUCCUGGCCCUUCCCUCGUACUUUUGGAGUGGUCUCUUCAUCUCUCCGGGACAUAUUUUCAGAGAAAGAGGCUUGUAUACCGACACAGUGGAUGCAGCCUGUCAGCCACUUAGAAUUCGGUCAGCAGGAGGUGUACUGUGACCAACACAAGGAAUACCAUAAAGUGAUAGUCACGUAUAUUGUACUGGCUCUUGAUUUUAAUAGUUCACUGAAAUUCUUGCCUAGAGAUACAGUCUAGUGGUUUGCAUUUGUAAUUUCCUUCUUUAAAUCUUCCUGGAUGUCACAAAAGCCUGAACCCACAUGUCUUUUUUUUUUUUUUCUUUUUUUUUGAGACUACU